AUAAGCAACUGAGGAAUGAGAAACCACACAGAAAUAACAGAGUUUAUCCUCCUGGGAUUGUCAGAUGACCCACAGCUUCAGGUGGUGAUCUUUGUCUCUCUGCUCAUCACCUACCUGCUCAGCAUCACUGGCAACCUGACCAUUAUCACCCUUACCCUGCUGGAUUCUCACCUCCAGACCCCCAUGUAUUUCUUCCUCAGAAACUUCUCCUUAUUAGAGGUUUCAUUCACAACUGUCAGCAUACCCAAGUUCCUGGGCACCAUGAUGACUGGAGAUAAAACCAUUUCCUUUAAUGACUGCAUUGCUCAGCUAUUUUUUUUCAUUCUCUUGGGAGUCACUGAAUUUUACCUUCUGGCCGCCAUGUCCUAUGACCGUUACAUUGCCAUCUGCAAACCUCUGCAUUACAUGACCAUCAUGAAUCACAGAGUCUGCAUACUCCUUGUCUUCUCUUCGUGGCUAACGUCAUUCUUAAUCAUAUUCCCCGCACUCAUGUUGCUCCUAAACCUUAAUUACUGUAGGUCUAAUAUUAUUGACCAUUUUACCUGUGAUUAUUUUCCCCUGCUGCAACUCUCCUGUUCAGACACAAAAUUCUUAGAGGCGCUGGGGUUUUCCUGUGCUGUGUUCACUUUAAUGUUCACUUUGGCCUUGAUAUUUCUGUCUUACACAUAUAUCAUCAGAACAAUUUUAAGAAUUCCUUCUACUAGUCAGAGGAAAAAGGCCUUUUCCACAUGUUCAUCCCAUAUGAUUGUCAUCUCCAUCUCCUAUGGCAGCUGCAUUUUCAUGUACAUUAAUCCAUCAGCAAAAGACACAGUGUCUCUGAGCAAGGGAGUUGCUGUGCUAAACACCUCAGUGGCCCCCAUGCUGAACCCAUUUAUUUACAGCCUAAGGAAUCAGCAAGUCAGGCGAGCCUUCAUGGACAGGGCAAGGAAGAUUGUAUUUUUCUCCGGAUAACGAAAGGCUGUGGUCAUGAAUUAGCCACAUACCACAUGGCAAUUUAAAAUAUACAAACAUGAAAUUCAAGGAAUUCUUCAAGUCACAAUGGCCUUCCUGUUUCCUUAUUCAUUCUUUGUUUCUUUCUAACAAUUAAGAAGCACCUUUAAUAUA